CUGCUCGUAUGUAAGUGUUGAGUGCGCAGGUCUGUCUGCCUGUCUGUCCGUCAGUGUUGUAAAAAGGUUGAGUUUCUGGCAAUUUCCUCCACUUUCUCAUCUCUCCUUCAAGAUGCAGGCUGUUUGUGUUCUGGGAAGUUCCGAGAGUGUUUCAGGCAAAAUCUACUUCAAACAAGAGUGCAGUAAUGGACCUGUGAAGGUGACAGGAGAGAUUGCAGGAAUGCUCGAUGGCAAGCAUGGAUUCCAUAUUCAUGAAUUUGGAGAUAAUACUAAUGGAUGUGUGAGUGCUGGUGGACAUUUCAACCCAGAGGGUAAAGAACAUGGAGCUCCUGCUGAUAAAAUUAGGCAUGUUGGCGACCUUGGCAAUGUUGAGUCUGGUCAGGGUGUAGCAAAGGUUAAUAUAGAAGACAGCGUAAUAAGCUUGAAUGGACCAAACAGCAUCGUUGGAAGAACCUUGGUGGUCCAUGAAGACAUUGACGAUUUAGGCGUUGGUGGUCAUAAAGAUAGCAAGACUACUGGAAACGCCGGGAAAAGACUUGCCUGUGGAGUAAUUGGUAUUGCAAAAUUGGAGAAAUAAUUUCAAUAAAUCACUGAAUUCCAAACAUAUUUUCAUAACUGUUAGUUUUCAAAUGAAUAGCUUUGUUGCUAAUAAAGAGUGUUUCUUAAUUUA